UCAGCCCCGCAGCCGCCGCGCCUAACCCCUUCCCCAGCCCCCAGCCCCGACCGCGGCACCGCGACGCGAUGGAGCGCCUGGACAAAGCGGCGCUGAACGCCCUGCAGCCGCCCGAGUUCAGAACUGAAGGUUCAUUAGCAUCUACCCUGAAGACGCUCCUGUUCUUCACAGCUUUAAUGAUCACUGUUCCUAUCGGGUUAUACUUCACAACCAAAUCAUACAUAUUUGAAGGUGUCCUGGGGAUGUCCAAUAGAGAUAGCUACUUCUAUGCCGCUAUUGUCGCGGUGGUCGCGGUGCACGUGGUGCUGGCUCUCUUUGUGUACGUGGCCUGGAACGAAGGCUCACGGCAGUGGCGUGAAGGCAAGCAGGAUUAAGGCAGCACUUUCUCAUAGCAUUAACCUCAUUGUUUAUAUAGCAAAUGUUAUGGGAGCAUUGGUGAACUUCAAUAAAAUUGUCAGAACACAUGAAAAAAAAAUAAA